AUGGGGCCUCGAAUCAAAAGGCGCCGUCUGACAGAUCCAGAAGAUCUCAGUGACGACAUCUGCCAGCCUGCGUCCCGCCUGGAAAAAGACAGCUGGAAUGGCUUUUGCGAAAUUGAAUCUGAACCGGCAUUGUUCAAUGUGAUGCUACGUGAAUUUGGGGUCAAGGGUGUAAAGAUCCAAGAAGUUGUUUCUCUCGAUGAAGAAAUGAUGGCGUUUCUCAAUAAUCCUGUUUACGGCUUGAUUUUCCUCUUCCGCUGGCGUGAAGAUAACGAUGGAAAGCAGGAAGCGACUUGCCCUGAUGGGCUGUGGUUCGCAAACCAAACUGCCAACAACGCUUGCGCUAGUGUAGCAUUACUAAAUAUCGUCAACAACAUCCCAGACAUUGAUCUAGGAGAAACUCUACGAUCCUUCAAGGACUUCACCAUGCCUUUCACCCCAGCCCUACGUGGGGAUGCAAUCAACAACUUUGAGUUUGUCAAAAGGAUACACAACUCAUAUGCACGAAAAAUGGACAUUCUCAAUUCUGAUCUGCAGCUCAAGACCGAAGCCACCACUAGGAAAAAGAAGGGACAGGCUGUUGAAGAAUCCGAUGCCACCUUUCAUUUCAUUGCAUUUAUGCCGGUGAUGGGCCAGCUGUGGAAAUUUGAUGGCCUGGAGCGGCAGCCACGAGCACUUGGGGAAUGUUCUGAAGACGACUGGCUGGAACUGGUCAAGCCUAACCUUAAGGAACGAAUGACAGCAUACGAAAAAGAAGAAAUUGAAUUUUCAAUCUUAGGCCUCGUACGCGAUCCUCUGCCUGAUCUCAUCAAUGACCUGGCUGUCAACGUGAGAACCUUAGAAAUUCUCAACCAGCGUGCCAUAUCCCUUUGCCCAUCGUCAGAUACACUGGCUCUGGAUGAAACUGUCCUUGGCCCUGACCUUUCUCUAUCUUUGGCACGGGAAGAUAUCGAUGCGGUGGUGAUCCCCCAAGAAACCCUCAAUGAUUACCAGACGUGCUCCGAUGAACAGCUACAGGGAUAUCAGCAGAUGAUCAGCAGGAAUCAGCGAGAACUCCGAGCACGUAUACGUGAAGAGCAACAGUCCCACCGGUCGGAUGACGAGUACGCAGCCGGACGGCGAUUUGACUAUGGGCCUGCGGUGCGAACGUGGCUUCGACGCUUGGCGCAGAAACAGGAGCUGCAGCAGUUGUCCACCCUCGUGGCCUACUGA